AUGUCUACCUUCCAGGAGUGGGAGUCCAAGCAACCUUGGCUGGACAUCCGCUGCAGCCUGGGCGAAGGCCCCUUCUUCGACGAAGAGAGCGGCACGGUCCGGUUCCUCGACAUCAAGCAGAAGCGGAUACACCAGGUGUCGCUCAAAGACGGCAUCUCCAGCCUCGAGACCAUCCAGCUCGACGUCGCCCCCACCGUGACGUGCAACAUCGCCGGCGUCAAGCCCAGCGACCGGAUCCUUAUCGCCGUCAAGACAGGCAUCGCCGUCCUGGACUGGAAGACGGGGAAGUACGAGGUGAUUGGUGCCUUUCCCCCCAAUAAGCGGCUUCGAAGCAACGACGGCUCGGCCGACCCACAGGGCCGGUUUUGGGUCGCCACGAUGACGGAUUUCGAGUUUGGGGAGUGUUCACUCUACUAUUUCACAAAGGACCACCAGGCCGUCGAGGUCCUCAAGGACCUCAUCAUCCCUAAUUCAGUAGGCUGGUCUCCAGACAACAGCGUAAUGUACUUUACCCACUCGACAGCCCACCAGGUGCUGGCCCUGGACUACGACGUAGAGUCCGGGCAGGCCACGAACCAGCGCGUCUUCUACGAGCACAAGGGUCCCGGGGACCCAGACGGGUUCCGCGUCGACGUGGAGGGCAACAUCUGGCAUGCCAUCUGGGGCGAGUCUCGAGUCGUCAAGAUCAGCCCGGCCGGCGAGCUCGUUGGCCAGAUCAACCUGCCGACGCGAAACAUCACGUGUGUCCAGUUUGCGGGCACGGAGCUGGUCAUCACGACGGCGGCGGACGAGGACGGCGACGACGAGACGAGCAGGCGGUUUGGAGGGGCGGUGUUCAAAGUGGAGGUCGGGGUUCGUGGACUGGGACUUUUUGACUUCACGCUCAACACAGAAUAA